AUGCACGUGCUUCCUCCAGCCAACGGGAAAAAACUCUGGCGUGUGAAACGGCGCCUGGUGUCUGGGUCUAUGGCUCAAACCGACGCUUCUUCGCUUGAAUGCUUCAACUCGCUGAUGAAGAUGUCGGCCGCCGGCAAGCAGUCCAUGGCCCGCCGUCCGCCGCUCAAGAGACCCAAGCUGAAGCCCGGGAUGCCCAAGGAUUUUGUUUUUGUCGAUCUUUCGCCCGUGAAGAGCGACAGCGACGGCGCCAGCGCCAGCUUUGUGAAAAAUGGCGAUAACUCGCCCAAUAUUGCCGCUACCGCGCCAAUUCCACCACCAUUGCAAUCGCCUCGUCCAGACGAAUCGAUUGGUGGGUGUUUUGUUGGCAAUGGAGCCGAAUUGAGCCAAAUCGUUCCCGGCGGCGCCUACGAGGGCUACGACACCUCGGGCGCCUCGUCGCCUACAACGUGUUUCUCGCACAAUCUGCCCUCGCUGACCUUCUCGAGCACCGACGCGUUCUCCAAUUACUCGUUUUCGCUGGACGACUUGUUUGACGAGCAGCUUUUGGGGCUUGGGCUUGUGGGAGUGGAGUUCCCAAAGAACGAGGGUAUCAGCUACAGCUACAACAACAACAACAACAACAACGAAAACAGCUUUGAAAAUGCCCAUUUCAACGCUCAAUUGCCCACUCCGCAGAUUUCCACGCCCCCCCAGGUUUCUCCAGUGGCCCCAAGUCACGUGAGAACACAUCUGAUGCCCAGUUUGCCCGAAACAGCCAAGUUGAACGAGGCCAAAACGAAAAAAAGCCGGAAGUCCGCAGGCGGAUUCCAGUUCAAGAGCUACCAGGGCCCGCAGAGCGGCGUCAAGAAGAGAAGAGGCAGCCACAAGCGUUGUUUCAGCGAGCCGGUGAAAAAACAGCCUUCAAUCCAGCAGGCAACGCCGCCCACAGCGUCGCUCGAGGACUUUUUGCACCCUGCAGCGGGCAAAGAGGUUGAGGGUUCGCUUUUGGACGAGAUGGCGCCUUUUGUGUAUUCGCCGGAGAGCGAGGGGGAGUUUGAUUUGGGCAGGUUUAUUAGUAUUUAA